AUGUUUGAGGAGAAGCUAAUCGUCGGCAUCGCUUCGACCUGUUCCACUCUUGCCAUUGUCGCCUGCUUGAUCGUUGUGCCAUCGGUUUACCGCACCAUCAACGAGAUGCAUGAUGAAGUGCUCGAAGGCGUCUCUGUAUUCCGUGUCGAGACUGAUUCUGCCUGGUCUGAAAUGAUGGACUUCCAAAUUGCUGUCACUCCUGAAUCGAAGCCUCGCACAAACCCCUUCAACUCGAUCUUCCGACAGAAGAGGCAAGACUUUUCCGGCCUGCCAGCCUGGUGCCAGUGCGAGCCCGCCAAGCCGAAAUGUCCGCCUGGACCUCCCGGACCGCCAGGAGAGCCUGGAUUGAGUGGAUUGCCUGGACCUCCUGGACUCCCUGGUGAAGAUAACACUUCAACGCAUGCACCAAUCACCUGCCCUCCGCUAGACACUAAGUGCAUAAAAUGUCCAGCUGGACCCGCUGGGCCUCCUGGACCUGAUGGACCAACCGGAACAGCGGGACCUGAAGGGCUACCUGGAGCACGUGGACCCGCCGGAAAGAACGGACGACCAGGUCCUACUGGGCCACCAGGAGAAAUCGGAGUCCCCGGAAAACCUGGAUCUGAUGGAAAGCCUGGUGCUCGCGGAGAAGACGGCACUAAAGGACGUGGAAAGCCUGGGCCGCCAGGGCCAAGUGGUGCACAAGGAUCACCUGGAAAACCUGGUCCUAAUGGAAAUCCAGGAAAUCCAGGUAAACUCGGUGCAAUAGGACCCAUGGGACAACCAGGGAUGCCAGGGAGCUCGGGAAGCGAUGGGAAGCCAGGUGCACCUGGAGGAAACGGACUUCCAGGGAACGAUGCUGCUUACUGUCCUUGCCCACCUCGCUCGGCUGUGUUCGUUUCUCGAUUCACUCAGUAG